UGUAGACAUUAACUAUCAAAUUAAUAAAGUAAUUUUUAUAUGAUUCAACAAUCGUGAAUAUUCGUGCUAAUUUAUUGAUUUGAAGAUGAGUGAUAAUCCCAUGCAAACUGGAAAUGGCAUUGCUACUGCUGCUGAUUGCGACAACGAGGCUAAAAAGAAAUCUCGUAUUAGAUUAGAAGACAUGACGUCUCAGGAUUUUUAUACUGAUAUGUUUGCAUACUAUGGAACUCAUGAAGAGAAACUUAAGGAUAGAGCUCAAAUUGUCGCAUUUCGUACGGCUAUGUAUAACAACAAGCAACUUUUCAAGAAUAAGGUUGUUUUGGAUGUUGGUUGUGGAACUGGAAUAUUAUCGAUGUUUGCAAUUAAAGCAGGCGCCGCAAGGGUUAUUGCAAUUGAUAACUCCAACAUACUAGAGUUGACAAAAAAAGUGUUUGAAGAUAAUGAAAUGUCUUUUCAUAUUGAUUUAAUCCAAGGUGAAAUUGAAGAAAUUGAGCUGGGUGUGGAAAAAGUUGAUAUAAUUAUUUCAGAAUGGUUUAGCUACAACUUAUUUCAUCUGUCUAUAUUGGAUAAAGUAUUGUAUGCACGUGAUAAGUGGUUGAAGCCCCAUGGUCUCAUUUUUCCAGAUAUUGGAAGGCUGUAUAUAACCGCAAUUGAGGCUUUUAAUAGCAAAGCUUUUAAGAUUAAUUGGUGGAAUAAGGUAUAUGAUUUUGAUAUGAGUUGUGUGCGUAAGGCCGUAAUCAAGGAGCCGUCUAUUUCUAUUGUCUAUGCAAAUCAUUUAGUUACAAACUCAUGCCUAAUAAAAGAAGUGGAUCUCUAUAAAAUACAAAAGUCCGAUUUAGAAUUUGCUUCAAAAUUUCAAUUGAAAGUACAGCGUAAUGACUAUGUUCACGCUUUUGUUACUUAUUUUGACAUAGAGUUUAGUAAGUGCUUUUCUCCAAUUAAGUUUAGCACUUCACCUUGGACAGACGACACACAUUGGAAACAAUGUGUUUUUUACUUAGAUGAUUUUAUAACAGUUAAGGAAGACGAAGAAAUCACUGGGAUUUUUGAAAUGAAGUAUUUACAAACAAAAAAAACUGCUUUAUAUUUUGGCAUUAAGGUCGAUUUUGAAGGAGAGAUUUCUCAAAUUCAUGAAAUAAACUCUUACAAUAUGGAUUAAAAUGAUACGAAUCUCCAUUAUUUUCUUUAAAAAAUUAAAAAGUGAUAU